ACAAGGAAAAUAUUUUCCUUGGGGUAAGGUGGAAUUUAACCCUUCCAAAAAUUCUAGUAACCAACCCACGUGAAUAUCUCUCUCUCUCUCAUCUCUACCCACGUACCGUCUCUCUCAUCAAUUCAACCUGCUCUCAUCGAUUGAAAGGAACUAGGAAGGCGUCUCACUCUCUCAUCGAUUCAACCGAACCAGGAAGAAGAAAUCGACGAUUUGCCUCUGGGGAAAUCACUGCGAAAGGUUGGCAACGAGGCGAUGACUGCAUAGAUUGAGGAAAUACGUUCGAAUUGAGGAACAAGUCGCAAUUUUUUUGAAUACAGUCGGGCAUGACCAACGUAAUCGUGCUGGACGUUUUACUUUCUUUCGCUCUGGUCAAACAGUGAGCUUUUACUUUCACAGAGUCUUACACGCUUGUCUUGGAUUGUAUAGAGAUGUUGUGAUUAAUGCCACUCCUCAUAACUCACCAUACGAAAAAGAAAAUGUGCAGCCAUGAUGCUCCUUUUUCCAGGAUGUCGUAGGAACAAUCGAUGAUAUACAUAUUGCUGCGUAUGUGCCUUUAGAGGAGCAAGGUAAAUAUCGCAAUAGAAAGCAAGUGAUCUCCCAAAAUGUUUUAGUAGCUUGCACAUUUGAUAUGAAAUUUACUUACGUGCUUGCCGGUUGGGAGGGAUCCGCACAUGAUGGUCGAUUGUUACGGAGUGCAAUAUUACACCAAGGACAUAAGCUAGCAAUUCCUGUUGGUAAAUAUUAUCUUGUUGACGCUAGCUUCCCAUCGGUUUCGGGUUUACUUGCACCAUAUCGUAGGACUCGUUAUCAUCGUAGAGACAUUGAAGGUCAACGUCCUGAAAGUAAUAUCAUGGCAAAUAUUCGACAAAGCUCUACAGCUCCUUAUCGAGUUCCUAGACCAACCCUCCAUUCAGAUGUGGAGGAAAUAAGCUCAACUCAAGCGGAUCCUAAUUCUAGGAAUCAUCAAAUACGUUAGAGUGAUGCAAUGGAUGGUUGUAUGGUAACUGCACUACUACAUCAAGUGUUUGGCUAGUCACAAAAGAAGUGACAAUGGCUUUUCAUCAUUUCACGUGUCCAAAGCAAUCGAGAGUGUGCACAAUGGAUGCGGAGUCGUGGUGUCUGAUAAGAAUGUGAGGGCGCGAUUGAAAACUCUGAAAAAAGAAUAUGUUGAAGUUCAUCAGUUGUUAAGUAUGAGUGAUUUUGGGUUAGAUCCUCACACUGGACGUGUCACAGUCGAUGUACUAGUUUGGGAGGAGUUGUUGAAGGGCAAACCAGAAUUUGGAAAGUGGAAGACCAAACUUUGUUCUCGUUAUAAUGAUUUGGAGGCUAUCUUUGGAUAUGAUUCUGCUACAGGAGAUCGCGCUGUAACCGGCAAUGACAUUUUAUCCCCCGAUCAUGAUGAAAAUGUGCAUGAAGUUGAUGGUCAAAAUGAGGAUACGGAACCAAGCCCCAUUCGCGCUCCUAAGGGUAACACCGAAGGAGGAACUAACAAAGUUCGCCGUCGAUGUACCCAACCUAAUGAUGAGAGUCUCGUUGCCCUAUGAAGCAUUUCCGAAUCAUCUAAAAAAAUUGCUAAUGCUAUGGAGACUCAAGCACCAUUAGAUACACUAAACCACAUCAAUUGGCAGUUGGUUCUAGAAAAAUUACAAGGCAUGAGUAUAGAAAAGAGUGAUAUAAUGCAAGUAAUGAAAAUUUUUCGAUCGGAUGAGAGUCUGGAUAGAGUAUUUAUGAGUUUGACUAAUGAAGAAUUCAUGCGUGAUUUAGUAUUUGAAAUUUUGGGCCGUGAUCCGCCUCCGCUAUUUUGAGAUGACGUGCUUGGAUAAUUCAACAAACAUAUGUGAAAGUAUGACAUCUAUGUUGAUUUUAUUUCCUAUUUUCUUAUGAUAGAGAUUUUACGGGUUUUUUCAUUUUCGUUUUAUGUAAUACGUUGGACGAAAUUUCAUCAUUAUUUAUUGAAUUGAUUAUCUGAUUAUUAUUUUUGAUUGCAAAGAAGAAUA